AUGGCGUUUACGAUGCAUUCCCACUCGGGCCAAUUCUGCCCCGGACACGCCGUUGACCAGCUCGAGGACAUUGUCCGCCAUGCCGUCUCCGUGGGCUUCAAGACCAUGGGCCUGACCGAGCACAUGCCUCGGUACGAGGAGCGCGAUCUCUAUCCCGAAGAGAGAGACGACCCCCAGAAGAGCCUCGACGCCCUCCCCCCCCGGCAUGAAGCCUACCUCGCCGAGGCCCAGCGCCUACAGGCCAAAUACGCCUCCUCGAUCCACAUCCUCAUUGGCUUCGAGGCCGAGUUCAUCCGGCCCGACUUUGCCCCCCGCGUCCGCGCCCUCGCCGCCCCGUCCUGCGUUGACUACUUCAUCGGCUCCGUCCACCACGUCCACGGCCUCCCCAUCGACUACGACGCGCCCACCUACGCCGCCGCCGUCGCCGCCGCCGGUGGCUCCGAGGAGCGCCUCUUCGAGAACUACUAUGACCUGCAGCACGACAUGUUGCUGGCACUUGAGCCCCGCGUCGUCGGCCACUUUGACCUUGUUCGCCUCUUGAGCCAGAGGCCUGGUAGAGACGUGAGGCAGUGGGAGGGCGUGUGGGCCAAGGUCAAGCGCAAUCUCGAGCUUGUCGCCCGUCAAGGCGGCUGGCUCGAGUGCAACACAGCAGCGCUCAGAAAGGGCCUCGACGAGCCGUACCCGUGCCGCGCCAUUGCCGACGAAUGGCUCAAACUGGGCGGCAGGUUCACACUGUCCGACGACAGCCACGGCAUCGCCCACAUCGCGACCAACUACGCCCGCGGCAUCGCCUACCUCGAGAGCCUGGGCGUCGAGCACGUCUGGACCUUUCGGCGCUGCCCGCCCCCGGAAGUCGAAAGCUCGACGACAGCGGCGACCCUGGAGGAGACGGCAGUGUCCCUUGGAGAGUUCAGGAAACACUUCAACUAA